GCUGUAUUUUAUUUCCUUUUUUUUUUUUUUUUGAGUGGGAGUCUAUACUCUAUCCUACUCUGUCACAUACACUUAUUGAACAUCAUUGCCGACAGCAACUUCUAUCCUCCUCCAAUUUACCACAUCUUCAGGGCGCUUUAAAAAACAAUGAUACAAAUCUCAACUCUCCAGUCUAAUCUGGGCAUAGUCCGGCCAAGUGUGAAGAAGAGAGGAUGAAGCGUCCAUCUUUACCCAUUCUCACAGAUAAAUCGCUUCUUUGCCCUUCCUUCCCUUCUGGGAGCCCAGGUGCUUCCCCGGUGUGGAUAGCGUCCUAACCAGAACUCACGACUGACGGGCGCGGACGCCAGUGGGAGGAGACAGUACCGUGGAGAACAAAACCGAAAGCUACUGCGGGCAAUCAGCGCGAAGCCGGGAAGCGAGAGAGCGAGCUAGUUGCUCUGCCGAUCUGGGCCCCAGGCUCGGAGGAGGAGGAGGGAGAGGAUCGGGCAGAAAGCUCCUAAGAAGUUAAGGGCGGCGCAGAGUGGCCGGGAAUGCGCCCGGCGCGUGGAGCUGGAGCCGAUCCAGCCCUCCCGCAGCUGCUGCAGCCUAGCCCGGCACUAUGCUUCUCCAGCUGAGCGCCGCUUUUGAUCUUCAUCAGGACGUGGUUCCUUGGCUGAAGGAGCGUUUGCUUGCGGAGGCGGCCGCUCCCGUGGCUGGCCCGAGGGCAGGCUUAGAUCCUUUUGAGAAUAAUUAUGAAACCCUACACAUAGUCAAUGUUGAAAGAAAUGGAAAAGUCAUUUACAGUUGUAAGGACAGUAAGAGAAAUGUCUUCUUUGGAUUAUAUGAUCUCCAAACUAAAAAAAAUGAGCAUCUGUAUACAUUUGAGAAAGAUUUUCAAGUUGUCAGUUGCUCUGUCAACCGUGAGAAAACACUACUUGCUGUCAGUUUUGUACAAUCAGCUAAGGAAAGAAGGAAUGAACUUCAACCAGCCUCUAAGUGUUUGACUUUGUUGGUUGAAAUUCAUCCAGUUAACAAUGUGAAGGUCCUGAAGGCUGUAGAUAGCUGCAUCUGGGUACAGUUUCUCUACCCAAUUGAUGAAAGAAAUCCUUUCCCAGAGAGCCAUCUGUUACUGAUUUCAGAAGAGAAAUAUAUUGAACAAUUUCAUAUCCAAGUCUUCAGGGAAGAUGAAAAUAAGGUGGUGAUUCGAAAUUCUGGUCGGCUCCCAAGACACAGAAUUGUUGAGGACUUUGUUUGGGCCCAAUGGGAUAUGUCAGAACAGAGAUUGUACUAUUUCGUCCUGAAGAAAUCAGAAAGUAUCUUAAAAUGCAUCCAGUUUUAUGCUGAUGAGGAUUUUAACUUAAUAUUUGAAGUUCCCCUGGACAUUUCAUUUGGUGACGCCAGAUUAACGCUUGUGAAUUUUGGGUAUGAAGACUCUCGAAACCGAAAAGUGUUAUCCAAAGAUCUGAAUCUACGUGUUUUUACAAGUCACACAGGAAGUUUGUGUGUAUGUUACAACAAGAAAUCGGAUGUGCAGAAGCAAGUUACAUAUUUAGUGUUUUACCUCCAUAAAGGGUAUAGCAAGACCUUCACUGUUGAUCUUGGGACACUGGAGUAUCAAUCAAUAAAGGAUAUUACUUUUCUUAAUCUAGACUGUUAUGUGGCUGUUUACCUGCCUGGCCAUUUCUUUCAUCUUCUUAACACUCAGCAUCCUGAUUUGAUGUGCCACAGUCUGUUUAUUACAGGCAAGAAUGAAAAGAUGAACUUGCUUCCUGAUGCUCCAUUACAGUCACUCUCAGGGGCCUUGGCUUGGGACUGGUGCUCUGGAAAGCUCUUUAAAGUGAGCUUUAACCAGUCAUCUUUGUUACAUUUCCUAUGGAGCAGCCCUUUGGACUAUGAAAGAUUGGCUGUGUUGAAUUGCCUGCUGGUACAAGGCAGGAAUCUAAGAGUCUUAGAAGUCCAGAUUAUUCAAUGGAUUUUUGAGAACAUGAAGACCUGUUAUGCAUUUGAUCCUAUUCAGGAAUUUUUAAUUGCCUCCUUAUACUGGAAAUUCUGUCUGGAUAUUAACAACAUGGAUAAACUUCUUCCACAUUCCUCAUUACAUUCUUGGAAUAAAGAAAUUCCAGGAGUAACGCUGGUGACUGAAGAGAUCUUAUUACCUCUAAUGAAGGUACAAAGCUUUAAGGGCUACUGGGAAAAACUGAACUCCAAUUUGGAAUAUGUCAAACAUGCUAAACCACAUUUACAGUAUAGCAACAAUGUGGUUAGAAGAGAGUGGAGAAACUUAAUUUCAGAGGAGAAAAGGGGAAAAAGAAGAUCUACUGUAUAUUUCAGGAACAUUCUUGAGAAUGCUGUAAAGGUAGUUUCCAACCUAGAAGCAUGGACAGUAGAGUCACGAUUAGCUCCCCUCUUCCAGGAAGAAGAUAAUCAGCAAAGACUGCUCAUUGGACUGAUGGUCUCUGAGCUAAAAGAGCAUCUCUUGAGAAAUCUACCUGUACAAUUCAUAGGAAAGAAGAAAAUCGAACAGUUAGUCCUCGACUAUGUUUCAAAAAUGUUGGACCUCCUUUGCCAGAUGCUGGAAACUAGCUGGAGGAAACACAAGCUUGAUUCCUGGGUUUUCCACUUCGAUGGGCGUGGCAGUGCAGGUGAAUUUGCCGUUUUUCACACUAUGACCCAGAUUUUGGAUUCAGUGAACAGGAUGUGUUUACCUCUUCCUCUUGGCUUCCAUACUGUGUACAUGGCCCUAGGGGUACGAUGUCUCCCCCUGCACUGCCUUCUGCGUUACAUUGAUGAUGGAGUGCUACUUCUUACAGAAACAGGGGUCAUGAAGCUCUUGAAAGAUCUGGACAACACAGAGAAGAAUGAAAAACUAAAAUUCAGUAUAGUUGAACGUCUUCCUCCGUUUAUUCUGCAGAAGACAAGUCAAUUCUGGGAUCAUCCUAUCAAUUCUCAUAUUAUUUCAAGGAAUUAUGUGAGACGGCUGCUUCCAAAGCAUAAAAAACUGUUACGAAAAUCUACAAUUGACAGGUCAUCAUUCGAUACAGAAUUCCUGCCUCUGAAUUAUUUGAUUGAAGUACUGACAACGAUGGAGACUACUCAUCAAGCUCUGAAUCCCUUUGAAGCAUGUGACAGUGUGGACACAAAAUUUGUUGCAGAAACAGCACUGAAACAAACCACAAUCCUGUUGAACUUAAGAAAAGAACCAUGACAGCAACUGAGUUCCAGAAAUUUGCUGUUCCUAUUUUCCAUUAAAAAAAACCCAAAAAAUACCACCAACAAAAAAAACAUCUAUCAUGGACUUUUCAGCUUUUUUUUUUUUUAAGAACUAUUUACAUUGAAGAAAAUUUCCCAGAUGUUCUCUAGUCAUCUAAGUGGUACAGACACCAGUCCAUUAUUAAAAAUAAAUAAUGAUUUCCAUUUGGGGAAAGGAGAGCCCUUUCCAAGAAGCUGAACAUUUGAAGAGAUGCUCAUAAAUACUGGCCUAAAUUGUUCUAGUUUCAACAGAAGAUGAAAGGUAUAUGUAUAGAAAAUCAGGACAGGAUCUAGGAACAGGUACCUUCCAGAUACUGUUCAGAAAAAAGCUUCACCGAUUUCUGUACUGUCUCUUUUCUGAAGGAAAAAAUAGACUUGAGAAUGAUGGUGUGGUGACUGGACCCCAAAUGGCUGGAGAUUUAAAAUUUUUUAAUUCAGGAGAAAAAUAUGUUGAAAAUAUGUAGAAUAGCAUAAGAAAAACAAAUAAGUGCCUUUUUUGGUAAAUAAUAUAGGAUUUAAAGAGAGGAAAAGUUACACUUUUAAUAUAAAAACUAUUUUGACUUUAUGAACCUUUUCAUUUAUUGAUUGUAUUUAAUUAAAGCUGACUUUCUUUCCAAUGUAUAAUAAUUUGUAAUGUUUGUAUAUUUGUGCACUUAGAGUUGUAAUUAAAAUGAUUGUAACAGAGAACUUUAAUUUAAUGUUGACUUUUUUGUAGUGUUUAUAAAAUAUCCAUUUAGACAAAUCUUGAUGUUAAAAAUUCCAUUGAAACGCUUGUCUAGAAGAUCUUUGGUGUUUGUUUGUAUUAAAUCAUAACUCUUUUGAAAAAGCCA